AACACACAAACAGGACAGCAAAGCACACAAACACACAAACACACAAACACACAAACACAAUUCACAAGGGCCCUACAUCCGUUGAGGGCUAUUUUCAAUGCGCAAGAGGGGGGAAUGUUGGCAGGGGCGAAGCAGGCACCUUCUUACAUGUACCGGUACCACCAAGUUCAAACAGCACAAGGCUUAGAACCACUCCUGCAAUGACAAACAAACAAAGAGUUCUGCGGUCAAAACAAAGCCUCCCAGCUUCAUUACGGGUUCACAGGCAGCCCACUUCAAGUUCACCCUGGUGUAGGGACCAACAUCACCAUUUGGAUUCCACUUUUGACCCCCCGGACAUCAUUGUCAUUCCUUCGAGCUUUGUGGGUUGUGCUUGUGCGAUUGGGCUGGCCCCAAAGUGCCACCGAUACAGGUAUGGUCAGCGUGACAAGCAAUACCAAAAGGCCAAGGUAGGAUCCAAUGCGGAAUGAUUUGACGUCGACACAACAAAAAUAGAACCCGAUAAGACAGAGCCAAAGGCCCUGAAUCAGCAACAAUGCCCAGCCAGCAAUGUAGGCGACAAUGUUCUCUGGAUGUUUGGCCGAAUAAGCCAGGACCAUGGCAUUUGCCAAAUGGAUGUAGGCCGUAGAGGUGAAACUUGACUCCGGUCUUUACAUGUUUUCAACAGCAUGGUCGUGGAGCAUGACAAAGGAUAGAAACAAGGCAAGGGCAAGGUACUGGCGGUAUGAAUCAGGAGGCAGCUUUCGUUGUGCUUCCAACAGUGCGACAACACCGACACAGAAGAAACAAAACCAGGGCAUGGCAUGAUUGAGCAUCAAGAAAUAGUCGUUGUACGCAACAGCCAUCCCGACGUUUAAAAGCACACCACCACAUGUGAGAAUGACUGUACCCUUGGCGACGCGGCUGAGAACGUGGAGAUUCUGUUCCGGGAUGUGUAGUUCGGCAAAGGUCCUGUAGGGGAGGCAGAGCUCGAGCUCUCUUCAAUGAAAGCAGCAGCAGACUGGUACCCGCAAGGACGAGCGGAAAUCCUGAGAUGAAGGUCGAGGACAGCAAUCAUCGGUAGAAUACCGACAAUGACGGUAAUGAGAUAGUUGGAUACUGCAACGCAGGCUACGCAUAUGUUUUAUUACCUGCAAUGAGGUGACCAACCAGCAAAGCCUCGGGGCUUCCUGGUACUAGCACUUGCUCGACAAACUGAUGCGGCGUUUCCGCCAUGGUGGAGGCUUGGCUGAUCGAUCGGUGGGCAAGCAGAUGAAGGGGUGUCUGAUCGACUCACUCUUUAGAAGCAAAACAAACUACGAAGACAGAUAGAUGCAGCAGCGAAAGCUGGUAGGGACAGCUCGAGAUCUUUUGGCAAGUAUUCAGACGUGUCCCCCUCAUCUUUCCAAGAGCAGGAUUUAUAGGGUGCGCAAAAAAAAACUGCUGUAACGCUGGACCGCUGGUACCGGUAAAUAUAUCCUAUCCCAGAAGCAAAUUGCAUUGCGUGGUUUGAAUCACCACGGACUGUACCGGUAGAGUUGUGGUGUCCGGGUGUAUCUGCGACGCGAAAAAUGCAUUGUCAUUGGCUUGAAUGCAUGAAUGGCACUAUCGCACCAAUUCCGAUCAGGUUCAUAGCCGAACAAGGUUCGAGACGUUGAAACAAGAAUAGCAUCCAUCUUCGGCUAAAUCAAAGACUUCUUUCAAAGUGUGUGUCUGGUAUCGCGACAGAGGGAGUAGGAAGCUACACUAUAUGAUCUCAUCUCGGUACCGUCUCCACUCCAUCGAAAUCUCGUUUGUGGAGCAACAUAAUUUGCGAAGCCAAGACCAAAACCAUGCUGCUUCGAUCCCUUUACCACCGAAACAACCAUCGCAGUAUGGGUGGCGGUGAUCCUCUCGCCCUCAAUGGACACCACAAGGACAGAGCCUUCCCGACCAAAACCAUCGCAGACGGUAACCAAAAGCCAGUCCUUACAAAUGCCAGCAAACAGCCUGUGGUGCCGAUCAAUGUCAUCAACCUUGAUAAAGACAAGGCACGAUGGGACAAAGUGAUCCUUGAGCUACAAAAUAAAGGAGGACAGCUUGUGGAACGAUUUCCUGCUGUUUAUGGGAAGGCUCUUUCAGAGGAAGAGCUGGUUGCCAACACAACGCCAUUGGCACGAAUCUUCUGCACUCGUCCGGUCAUCGGCUGCUUCCUUUCUCAUCGGAAUGCUUGGAUGAAAGUGUUGAAGUCAACCAAGUUUCCUUAUCAAGUGAUUCUCGAAGAUGAUGCCAUCAUUGCCUGUAACAACUUUUCAGAAAGGAUCCAGGACCUUGUGGAAGAACUUGAAUCCAAUGGAGAGACGAGAGAUCAGUGGGAUAUUCUCAUGCUUGGCGGCAUUGCUUGUGUCCAUCCAGAGCAAGACUAUGGGUUGAACAUAUUAGACGCCAUGCUGGUGGGUGGAACUCGGAAACCACGCUUUAUUGAUAAUUCUACCAGGAUCCAUGUCCCCUACAGACCCGAAGGGUGCCAUGGUUAUGUUGUAUCAAAACUCAAAAGCGGCCAAAGCUUGCGAACAGCAUACAAACCAACUUCAUGGUGGAAGAAAGUAGCGUUGGAAGAUCUACCACUCAAGUGUACAUGCCAUCAAUUGCUGGUCUACCAAGAAGACAUUCCUCUACCCGGAUGA